UGUAUUGUCACCGAGACCAACUCUAACAGCAACGAGAGAGAAACCCGAAAAUCUCAGAGAUAUAAUAUUGAUGAUCCAGGAGCCAGCACGAGUACAGGCAACAACAUACGAGGCGAGGGCACCACCCAGCAACAACCAGGCACCGGAACAGGCAAGCGAGCACGCCCACGCACGGUCCCAGGAUCCGCAGAUCGUAACAGUAACGAUACCCUCUGGCGAGAGAAACUCAUCGCCCAACUGCUGCUGCUCUCACAGGAGAACAACGCAAACAGUGCCUACGAAGGCUUCGGUUACGUGCACGUCGAUGAGCAGCACAACCAUACCGAUCGUGAUAAAUACGAAACCAAACCCAAGAAUCAUACUGAUCAGGGUGCCAACGCAGGCGCAGACGCACGAGACAAGCAACAGCAACAGCAGCAAGAACAGCUGCAACAACAGCAGGAGCAGCGGGACAGAGUGCAGCGCGCCUCGAACUCGCAUUAUCAGAAUACCCUUUUUACCAGGGUCGGUACCAACGCGUCCGCCAGUGAAACGGGCUUUGCCUACGGUGCUCCCUCUAGUAAACUUGAAGAAUUCGGCGACGGAAGCCCCUAUCGCAACGUAUCCAGCGACUGGGACUGCAACAUACCAACUAGAACACAGCUCGGCACAGGCGCCAAGAACGCUGCACCACGAGCAGGCGACAGUAGUCGGUACACGGACUAUGGAGAUGGUGACGCAAACGGUCCCGGUUUCGAGCACGCCCCAGUCACAGACCCUGGCGUCAAUGGCUGGUAUCCAGCUGACAGGUGCAGACUUGCAGCCGUCCCGCCAGGAUAUGAGUGGAGCAAUGCCUACUGCUACAGUUGAAGAGAUAGAUGUUCCGGUGUUCAUUGAUGAAUACCUGCAAGACAUAGAAGCAACGUCCUCGUGUAGCAGCGAAAGCGGAAAGGAGAUUUUUACUGAAACGGAUAUUCUUGACUUUGACUUUGAUAUAAACUUGAUUGCCGAGGAUCACAUUGAGCUUGAGCCCAAGAAAAUGGAUCGGUGCAAUCUGGUUAUGGAUGACAUCAACAACGACAACCUCGACGACUAUAAACUUCAAAUGGAUGACUACGAUUUCCAGCAACUGACUGGAGAGGAGGAGACACUCGACAUGGCCCCCAUGUGCGGCAUCAACUUCAAUCAACCCAAUAAUUUCAUAGACCUUAACGACAUACUAACCGGAUCCCAGGACCCCAUGCUCUCAACAUUCUCACAGACCUCCACCAACACCAAAUGCUUCAGCGAAGAACCGCUGCUGGCCGACGAGAACAGCUACGGCGGCAGCAUGUACGUCUGUAGUCAGGAAUCGUUGGGCUUCGGCCAGGUGGACGAUGUCAAGCCAGCUACCGAUCCGGAAGUUGGCGGCAGCAGCGUCUCCGUGGCCAUCCGACACACCCUGUCCAACCCUCUGGUUGGACUAAAGCGCACGGCCUCGGCGGCAGUGCUCGCCCCUGCGGGCGAGACACAGGCGCAGAAGCGGAGCAAGCUGAUGCUCAAGAUCAACAGCCAGUCGCCGCCUGCAUUCAGCCAAUCAGAAGAAAUAAGCACACCCGCCAUCAUUGAGCAGGUCUUGAAUUUUGAGAGGCCCGAGGCCGCCAACACCACCAUCAUCACAUCACAUGCCGGAAUCAUCGAGGAUCUGCGGAGCGCCGAGGAGGAAACCACCACCGAUUUCUCAGCUCCGAACACACCGCACAGCUACUACUCGGCGUGCUCCUCCAGCGUAGCCCCAACCUGCCAGUCAGGGUUCGGCGGCUUCCUCACUGCUCCAGCCUCCCCCGCCUACUCAGUCGCCAGUACCUCCCAGUUCAGUGCCACCACCUCGACGAACGGCAACGCCCCCAAGCGAAAGCGCGGCCGUCCCGCCAAAGAGCACGCGGACGGACCAGACCCGGAGGUGAUGUCCCGCAUGGACGACGAGAAGCGCAAGGCAUACAUAGACCGCAUCAAGAACAACGAGGCCAGCCGCGUAUCGCGCCGGAAGACGAAGAGUCGCGAUGAGCUCGAGAAGCAGUUGGAGGAGGAGCUGGUGGCCGAGAACGAAAGCCUGUUGACCCAGUCACAGCGGGUGGACCACAAGGAGACCCUGUUCAAGAACUACCUGAUGGUCCGCCAGCGGAACAACAGCACCUUUGUCAAAAAGGAGCACUAGCAGCCAGGCCAGCCUUAAAUUCUCGUAGCCAUAAAUACAUAGAACUGUCGUUACCUACUGAUAUCGCAUAUUGCGGUGAAUCGCCUUAAGUCGAGAGAGAUCCCCUGUCAUCCAUUGUCUAGUUAAGUUGUUGUUGUAGUUGAGAAGAGAAAGUCCAAUAUCCAUUACACAUCCCCGCCCGAAGCUGGGGAGAACAUCAUGUGUCAUGACAUUGAACUGAUGUAAAACCUAAACCAUAAUUACCAACAUAUUAUGAAUAGAGGCGCCACAGAGCGCGAGGUGUGAUUAUUUUUAAAA